AAAGAGGACAUGAAAAUCUGUUACUCAACGAAACAACUUCUAACACAAGAGUCAAAGCACUUCCAGCUGUCAGUCAUACCACACUAUGGGGCCAACAGUGAAAUUGGAUCAAAGCAUAAAUCCAAACCCAAUGAUGAAGUUUCAGUAGUUGUCGAUCAAAAUAAGGCUAAAAAGCAAUCGAUUGCUUCCGAUUGCGAACACAAACAGAGCACAGGAAUCGUUAAACUGGAGGUUCGAUACGAAACCGUUUCCAACACUAGUAUUCGGCUCCUCAUUAACAUCAUAGAAGUCUCUCAACUCCGCCAAAGAGACUAUUUGGUCGACCCUUCCUGUUAUGUAUCCAUCAUUUUAAUCGGUUUGAAGAACAGACGCAGAAGUCUUAUCAAUAAAGUCUAUAUAAAGUUAACAUAA